CCUACAUCGACAAAAUGGGUCACCCAGCAGGUCUCCGCGCCGGUACUCGGUAUGCAUUCAGCAGAAACUUCAAGGAUCAUGGUAUGAUCAAGUUGUCGACCUACUUGAGACAAUACAAGGUCGGUGACAUUGUUGAUAUCAAGGCAAACGGUGCCGUUCAAAAGGGUAUGCCCCACAAGGUUUACCACGGAAAGACUGGUGUCGUCUACAACGUCACCAAGAGCGCCGUUGGUGUUAUCAUCUACAAGAAGGUUAAGCACAGAUACAUCGAGAAGCGUGUCAACCUCAGAAUCGAGCACGUCUCCCUCUCCCGCUCAAGAGAGGAGUUCGUCCGCAGAGUCAAGAAGAACGCCGAGUUGAAGAAGCAAUCGAAGGCCGACGGUACCCACGUUCACUUGAAGAGACAGCCAGCCAUGCCAAGAGAGGCCAGAACCAUUUCGAUGAAGGAUAACGUACCAGAGACAAUUGUACCAAUCGCAUACGAGACGACUAUCUAAGCUCUGGGCUGGGGUUUGUUUGGGUUUCUUUGCGGGAUAUGAUACAAUGAGGGUCAGAGGCUUCUAGCGUUGCAUGAUAAAAAUUAAAUAUGUGCAAUACCUUCAAGAAUCUGAUAGGUUUCCAACAGCA